GCCGGCCCUUGGCCUGGGAGUCGCGCUUGUUGGGUUGUUUUCGGGGCCAGGAGCAUGCUGGAGCUGGCGCAGACGAUCUUCGCGGCCGCCAAGUCGAACGACCUCGGGACGGUCCAGCGCCUCAUCGAGGAGCUCUCGGCCGGCGACGACAAGGCGUUUGAUGUCAAUCGACUCGUCGACGAGAGCACCGAGAGCACGCUCAUGCACAUCGCGUGCUCCAACGGCAACUUGAAUGCGUGCAAGUACCUCUUCAUGUCGGGCAUGUACCUCAACGAGCCCAACAAGCGGGGCCACACGCCCCUGUUCUACGCCGCCGACUGCGGCAACUUGCCGCUCGUCAAGUGGAUGGUCUCGAACGGCGCCGACAUCGAUACCGACUACAGUGGCAAGGCGCACAUGGCUAAGCCCGCCGACGACCGCUGCUACGACAUCGCGUUUACGCCGCUUCAAGCCGCGUGCGUCAAGGGCCACGUCGAGAUCGUCGAUUUCCUAGUCGAGUGCAACGCCGACCUCGCGGGCUCGGCGAUCAACGGCGUCACGCCGCUCCACUACGCGUGCCACCAGAGCCGGAAGGACGUGGCCAAGGUGCUGCUCGACGCCGGCGCCGACCUCCACGCCACCGAUAGCUUGGGCGUCACGCCCAUGGACCUCGCGUCCGGGCACACGCAAGCAUUCCUCUCGACGUAUGCGGAGCACGGGACGUUGGAAGCCAACGACGACGGGCUCGACACGAGCGGCGGGGCCGACGACGACGCUGCGUCGGACGACGAGACCCGCAAGCCAAUCUCGGAAGCGAUUACCAAGGCGUUUGGCGCUGCGACCGCGCGUCAACUCGGCUCGAGCGAGUGGAAGACGCGGCAGCAAGGCGUGGCCGAUGUCGUCCUUGCGGUCCAGCAGCAGCAAAAGCCGAGCGCGGCCAUCUUUGAUGCAGCGUGCGACGUCCUGCUUCUCGCUGCGCGGGACUCGGUCGCCCAAGUCUUCUCGAGCUCGAUGCCGCUACUCAAAGGUGCUUUCAACAGCGUCCUCGCCACGCCGUCGUUUCACUCGGUCGCGUACCACGACGCCCAUCCGCGCAUCGCUGAGAUCAUCGACGUCCUAUUGCAGCGCGCCGCCGGCGCCCACGAGCGCGAGGCAAGCGAAGCCGUCACGUCGCUUCUCUUCCUUGCUUGCAAGAGCGAGCACGCAACGUCGAGGAUGACGCACAACAUCACAACGCAGAUGCUCCCAAAGAGCAAAGUGGCCGGGUGGCGCCACGUAUUGGUCUACAUUCGUCUCUUGACGGCCAUCGCUAGUCAGUACCGGUUCUCGAAAGGCAGUGGCCUCCUCUUUGAAGACGCCAUGAAGAUCAGCGGCUUGACGCUCGAGCACUCGAAUGCCAAAGUGCGCACAGCCGCCAUCGACCUGCUCGUGCAAGCCAUUUUGAUCACGAGCGAGUCGUCGGGACUCGAGGGCACGGCGAAUGAGGUUGGCGAUCAAAUCUUGUCGUUUGCCGACUCGCUCCUGCUCAAAUACGUCGGCCAAGUCAAGCCGUCGCUCCUCGGCAACAUCAACAAGGGCCUCAAGACCGCGCUGCAGAACAGCAAGCGGCUCUCGGAGACGCGGACGCCCAAGGUCAAGGACACGAGCGCGCCGAACGUCAAUCUCCUCCUCCUCGCGACCAGCGACAAGAAGGACGAGCUGAGUGACACGGAUCUGCCGUACGCCGAGCCCGUCCAAGACCAGUUUAAGGACGAAGCGCUGUGCGUACAAGCGUGCUUUGGCGACAAGGUCGCGCGGUGCCUCUACUCGAACGCGUGGGCACCCCGCGUCGAAGGCCUCAGCUACCUCCAACGCCUCCUCGAGAGCAAGGCGUGCCACGUGUCCGACGCCAAGGUGAUUGCUGCCAUGGACAAGAUCUUGACCAGCGCGCUCAGUGACCGUGUCAACGCCGUGUACGAAGCUGGCGUCGGGCUGCUCAUGGAAUUCCUCAUUGGCAUCGGGUCGGUCGACGGGCCGCGCCAGACUGAGCUGCAAAAGGUGCUGCGCCCGCUCAUCUCGCGCAUCGUCCACAAGCUGGGCGACUCGAAGGCGCGGCUUCAAGUCGUGAGCGAAGACGCGCUCCUGUUUUUAUCGCGGCAGACCCUCAUCGGGCCGGAAAUGGUCGUCGAGGAGAUCCCGUCGUCGGCCGCGACGUCGACAACGCUCCUCGCCAACAAACUCACGCUGCUCGCCAAGCUCAUGCUCGAGUUUGGGGUCAAAGACGCCGGCGGCGCGCUCCCACUGCGCCUAGUCUUGCAGCCCGCGGUCACGUCGUGCGAGAACAAGGACCCAGCCGUGCGCCACGCCGCGCUCCAAGUGUUCUCCGAAGCCUUCAAGGUGGCCCGCCAAGCGACCAUGCCAUUUCUCAACGGCCUCGCGCGGGGCGCCCGUCAAAAGCUCAUUUCCAAGCUCGUUGAAAUGGGCGUCCUUGAGAGCGAUCUGCUCAUGGACGACGUCGACGACUUUGACAUUGCCGUCGACCCGAUCCGCCCGGGCACAUCGGGUCCGCGCCCGCCAACCGCUUCCGGGUCGUCGACCAAGCACCGCCCCGCGCUCUCCAGUGUCUCGCUCUCGGCGCCCGUUGCGAACAAUGGGGACGCGGCGUUGCCGUACGGCGCGUCGCUGACGCCCGAACAAGAGACCGAGUGCGCGCGCCUCCUCCCCGUACUCGGCGAAAACGUCGUGCGCUGUCUCGUCGAUAAGAACUGGGCCCAGCGCGAGGCCGCUGUCCGUGAGAUCGAAAAGACGGUGCUUGCGUCCGUCAAGUCGUCGGACGCCUUGCCGCACGAUGCGACGACGCUCCUCGUGUUGUCCGAAGCGCUCGAGCUCCUCUUGAACGAUACGGUCGCCCGCGUCUACCAGUGCGCGCUCCGGCUCAUGCAAGUGGUGGCCACCGAGUUCUUGCCGCUUGUCCCUGGUGGCGACGUGGUCGUGCGCUCGACGCUGCGCACGGCCAUUGACGUCGUGAUCCAGAAACUCGGCGACUCGAAGCAGCGCAUUCGGUCCGACUCGUUUGCUCUACUGCACACGCUAGCGGGCUUGCCGCAUGUUGGCGGCACGAUUGUCGGCGGCUUCCUCCUCGACAAGUAUGCGCAGUUGCUUGGGUCCUCGCCGGUCGCGAUCGCCGAGAUCCUCAUGCUGCUCACGUCGCUCGUGCGCGAGUCGGCCAAGUCGACGCCGCUCGACGUUGCACCGGUCCUCGCCGUCGUCGUCCCGGCGUUUGAAAACAAGCACGUCGACGUCCGGAACGCCGCCGUCGCCGCGUACACGGCCAUCUACGACGUGACCAAGGGCGGCACCGACGUUCGUUUUGGCGCCGUCGACGUCAGCGCGUGUCUCUCAAACCUCAAGGCGACGGUUCGAGAGGCGAUCACGCGCAACAUUGUGCAACUCAAAAAAGACGCCACGCCGUUGCAAGCGGGUGGCGCGCCCGAAGUCGAGUCGGCGCGCGGCCACCACGGUGUCGACAUGGAAAAGAUGGAGGCGUACGUUGGCUGCGACGUCUGCUUGCUGCUCUCGUCGCCAUUGAGCAGUAAGCGCAGCCAAGGCGUGCUGCAGCUCCUCGAGUGGCUACCAAAGCGCGGCCACGACGCCAAGCUCAAGGGUAUUUGGGAGAUCCUCUGUCUCCUCUGCAAGCAGCUGCUCGUCGACAAUGCGACGCCGGUGGCGCUUGCCACGUGCCGGCUCCUCGGUCUUGUCAUUGACGCGCCGGCGCACGCUGUGUAUGCGAUUCCGUGGGGCGAGUGGGGCGUCAACUUGAUUCUGAGCUCGACGAUCCGCAGCAUCCUACAGCAGGCGUCGCACCCGGCGGUGCGCGUGCGACACGAGGUCAUGGCGCUACUUCGCGCCACCGCCAAGCGCCACGCGGUUGGCCGAAACGUGGUCUCGAACGCGGUCCUGAGCGCGCCGGAAGAUCGGCUGUCGCCCACUGCGACACCGCAAGAGAAGCGCAAGAGCCAUCUCUGUACCAUGUGGCAGCUCUCGCUCCGCCUCGAGCUCAUGGACGAGAUGCUCCAAGAGACCGCGUCAUCGCCGCCAGCGCAAAAGGACAUAUUGUGCGUCGAGAACGUCGUGCCCUUCCUCGGCUCAUCGUGCCUGCCCCACCCGAGCGCCCACGUCCACGACUGCACGCGCACUGUGCUCCAGCUCCUUCAAGCCCACGACGCGGUCGCCUUGUCCAAAGCCAUCACCGUCUGCUCCGGCAUCCUCCAGCGGAAGCUCCAGACGUUCAUCGACGACGAAGCCAGCGCCGACAUCAAGAAGGACCCGGUGGUUGUCGUCCGCGGCUCGCGCGCGUCGCACGUCCGGCGCAUCGCUGCGCUGCGGCCGCCGCGGUCCGUGCCGCUGGACGACACGAAAGCGCUUGGGAACGUGUGCAUUCGGCCGCCCAACUCGGCGCGCGACGGUUCCCUCGCCUACGACGACGACGAGACGGACGACACUGGGUGCAACAAUGCGAACGGGCGCAUUCCGACCGUCGCCAUGGGCGGCAGCGACGCGGUGCCGCUUUGGCUCAGCGACAAGAAGCCACUGCGCGCGGAGGACGAGCCGGCGAUGGGCGGCGCGUCCGGGCUUGUCAAGGCCCGUCGGAAAAGCCGCCACGCGAGCAACAACAAUCACGACGACGACGGCGACGACGGGUAUACCAGCGCGAGUAUACGGGCGUCGUACGCAAGGACGAGCGCCUACUGAAGCGACGCCACCGCUGCAGACCUUCCCGACAAAUAUACAGACAAGCUUACAUUGGUUUUACAACAGAAUGGUUAUAUAGUACAUGCGUAACACGUCUUUCAUGGCGUAUUGAAACACAAUA